AUGCCCCAGGUGCCAGACGAUCUAAAAUACAAUCGCCGGCCACGUACAACAUUUACCCAGUCUCAACUGUCAGCAUUGAUGGAUGCCUUUCAGAACAAUAAUCUUCCAAGUCUUGCUGUUGUGAAAGAAUUGGCUGCCACACUGGAGCUCGAGGAAGUCACAAUAAAGGUCUGGUUUAAGAACCAGCGUGCAAAACAGAAGAAAAAACAGCUGAAAAUGCAGCUAGAUUCAUCACCUGGAACAUCCACGCAGCAUGUUUUGGAAAAGGAGGAGGCCCCAUUGACAAAGCCUGCUACAAAUCCUGCACCAAGCUCUGCCGCUUCAGAUGGUCAUAACCCUCACCCUCAGGAGCCCUCUGAUACACAGAUCACUGGAAGAGAUGGAGCCUCUGCGUUUCCUUCAUCCCCACACAUUCAGUGUCAUGACAUCCAGGAAGAAUCUCUGGAGAAUUGUGGCACACCUUGCACUCAUGAUUUCUUUGACACAUGUCAGUUGCUAGAACUCUACGACGUGCCUGGAGAAGAUGAUCUCAGCGUGCAAAAGAUCCCGUACACAAGGAGCAUGUCCUUGCCUGUGGGUUCUACAGUGAUGAUCAAAGGGACCCCUAACGUGCUCUUCAGAAAGGAGCCACAAAUGCAGGUGGAUUUGCGCUCCGGCGCUCAUGGGAAGUCUAACACCACCUUCUCCUUCUGCGUGUACUUGGCAAACGUCUCAGUAAAUGGCAAAUUCUGCUUCAGCUUUGCCCAUCGAAUCCCACUGAGUUCUGUGGGGAUGAUACAGGUGUGGAGAGAUGUCUCCCUGACCUCGUUCAGUAUCCAGGAGGGACCUUGA